UUGACAGUCGUUGAAUUCCACAUGAUGGACAAGCGAAAAUAUUUUUCGUUGGGGGCCGUCAGUGGAAUAGCAAUUCGAGCUUUAGUGUAUCCUUUCAGUUUGAUCAAAACACGUCUUCAAGUUCAAAGGCAUCAUUCCUCGUAUAACAGUCUUUUUGACGCAUUUCGUAAAAUAGUAAAGAUGGAAGGUUUCAAAGGUUUGUACAGAGGCUUCUUAAUUAGCAACUUCACCAUCGUUUCGCAAAUUUCGUACAUCGGGGCCUAUGAAGCUGCUCGUAACUAUCUUGUCAAUAACACAGUUUACUUCCAGGACCAAAAAAUCCGAUCGUUUAUAGCAGGAGGGUUUGCAUCUCUAGUCGGUCAGACUGCAGUUUUGCCCAUUGAUAUCGUAACGCAGCAUUUGCAGGUCAUCAACCUCAGACGAAUACCUUCUUCCGAAAUUCCUCUCUUACCGAAAUCAAAAAUUGACCAGACUCGAGCAAUCGUAAAGUAUUUGUACAAGCAAAAUGGUGUGAGGGCUUUCUACAAAGGAUAUUUUACAUCCUUGGCUACUUAUGCUCCUAGCAGUGCACUGUGGUGGUUCUUCUAUGAUAUUUAUUGCACUGAACUGGACCUACAGUUUCCCACAUGGGUACCCAGGUUGACUUUGCAGUGCUUGGCUGCUCCACUAGGGGGUGCCACAACAACCAUCAUCAUGACCCCAAUGGAUGCCAUCCGAGCCAGGAUUCAGGUUGAAAACAAGAAAUUUAUUGAAACAACAAAAAACUUGUGGGCCGAAGAAAGGUUUGGAAUUCUAACAAAAGGCCUGUCAGCUCGCAUGGUCCAAUCCAUUCUGUUCUCAUUUCUAACCAUUCUCAGUUAUGAAUCCAUAAAAAGGUGGAGCCUGCUGGAAGAGUACAAGGCAUUAGUCAGGUGGUGAACUUCCUUCAGAUCAUUUGGUCCUCCUGUGAACACUGCUAUCUUGUUUAUAGGAAAUGUGAACAAUAAUAACUUAUUGCCUGUAGAUCAAAGUUAUUUUGUACAGUGUUACCAAUGUUUGUUUUUUUUUAAUGUUUUAGGUUGAUUUAUUUAGGCUUAUUGAAGUUAGUCUUUAUGUGAAAUAAGUAAAUGUGCAGUGCAUCAAAUGAGGCAAAUUGAAAGUUUGUGGUUUGAUAGCAUCAGAAAAAAAGAAGAAGAAAAGGAGAUUUGGUUUAGGCAUACAAAAUCAUAACUAUGAAUAAGAAUUUUGAAUCGGUAAAAUUUUUUCUGCUAAAGUUUAACAGAAAAACAAGGGGGCUUAAAUAAAAGUUAUUCAAAAAAGGCUCAGGAACGAUAAAGGAAAAAUUUCCAGCUAGCUGUAGAGUUGUCAAUGAGUGGAACAAACUGGGAGAUGAUAUAAUAU